GAAAUGAAAAUGAAUGAAUGGAUAAAUGAAUGAAAAUAAACAUGUUCACCUAAAUUUUGACAUUUUCCUCUCAAAAAGUGACUUAAAACCUCACCACAAAGUCUGUCAAUUGGAAGCAGACAACAAAACGGGACGUCUCGUUUCAAAACUUUCAUUUUAAGUUGCCAUUACGCGCGUAAAAGAAAGAAGUCUACCAAAAGAGACGGUGCACAAGGGAUUCAAAAGGGUGAAGACACAAGGUGACCUACUGUACCCACCAGAACUGACUGAAGAUGUAAAUGAAGAUGCUAUAAUGAGGUAAUGUUGGCGCGUGUGCGUGUCGUGCUCGUGCGUAAACGUGGACGCACCGGCAGCGUGCGCGCUAUUGGUCAGCUGAGCGCACGCGCGGGAUUGCGGAGGAUCUGCGUUGCAUCGCCAGUAAAAGCAGCCUGCGCUAUGGGGAGACACGGAGGUGUAGCGUGACGUUCAGCACACAGGAUGAACAUGGGAUUUAAUAGGCUUCACUAAAAUUCGUAGGUCUGUAUUCGGAUAUGCUGCCUUAAACGUAGCGGUGUAAUGGAUAUCUUAAUUUCCGCGCAGUCUAAAAUCCUCAUGAAGGUUAAAGGCAAAAUCCUUCAGCCCAGAAGCAUCUUCACAACGUACGACAGCUGGAAUUGUGUGAUUCGUGACAUCGCUUUCGGCACGAGGAAAAUGACUGGCACACUGUAAAGCCUCCGAUAUUAAUCCCCCGAGAAGAAUGCUGCAGCAGAACAACAACAAUAACUGCUUGGACAUGACCCACAGGGAUCUACUGAAUGAGUGCCGAAGAACCAAUGUUUCAUUCACCAGUGCCCUUGAGUUUGGAGCCAUUCCCCUGAUUAAAGGCCUGAGAGCAUGGGCUGUGAGUGGCGGCUACUCUAAAGCCAGGAGAAAGGCUAAUAUUGGACCACGGGCACAGGGCACAUGCCAACAGCCCCAUGAAAACAGGGUGGGGCAGAGAAGCUGGUCGGCUCCGGUCAGCAGUGGUUAUGGGCACGCAUUGGAAAGCACAAGUAAUGCAACGAGAGCUCCAGGGGUACGGCAAGGCGGACUUGGUGCACUUGUGACUGUGGCCACUUUGAAAGGCACAGAAGCGGGAGGCAGACAGACUCAGACUCGCUGCCUUUUUCUCAAAGCCCAGGGACGAGGCAGCUAUAUCUGUGCUGUAGGAAACCGAGGGGCAGGGACGAGACUUGUCAGUCCAAGGACUCACACUGUCAUCCUCGAAGGGCCGAAGGAGGAGCUUAGACGUUCCUCUAGGGGACCGAGAGCGAGCCAGGAUGGGACGGAUGAAGGCGGGAUGUUCAAGGCCAAGCCGAGGGCUAUAAGAAAAUGGAGGAAGUGCAGUAAAGCAACAGGCUCAGUGGAGAAAAGAACAGCAGCUCACGGCAGUGGGGAGAUUAGUAAUCAGUGCAUUGAGCUGGAACAUGGUGAUCAAAAAAGUGCAGAGAUUUCAGACACACCAGAUAACACCAUCACACAAUGUCAAGAAGCAACCAGUGCAAAUCAGAAAGACCUCAAUGAUGCAGUUAAAGCUGAAGAGGGUCGACCUGUUGCACCUGAAAACUCUUCUGCAGAAGCAUGUGCCAAACUAGAUGAGCAGGUUGAACCUGGGAUGAGUGAUUAUCAAUUUAAUAAUGAAUUCAAAACAGACUCAAAUCGUGCCAAUGGUGAUGCGCAGGAGAUUAGUCCCGAUGAUCGCCAUAACAUUAACAACUCACUUGAUGACGUGCCAAACCUAGGAUCAUCUGUAGCACUUGAGAGUACUUCACAUACAAAACUCUCCACAACAAACACUGAGCCCAGCGUAGAUCAUCCUCCCUCUGAAAUCGCUGUUCAGAAGGAUCAAGAAUCCAGGCCAGAUGAGCGCCUGCUAGAGCGUGAGAAUCUACAUUCGGUGGAGACGACCGAGCUCACAGCACUGAGCGAUGACACUCCAGACACAAAGGCUACAGCCGUGCCCGAGGGCCGCUGCACAGCGGUGGGUGUUGAAUGUAGCACUACAGAGAAGAAGAGGAGGCCGUCAGUGUGCUCGCCUCAGCAAUUAAUCACGGAGCAACUUGAAGUUCAGCAGUCUGACAAAUCCUCUUCACGAGGUUUUACCGCACCAGCGGCUAAUGUAACUGUAACCACCAUUCACUCCCAGCCUAAUCCUGCCCCAACCACCACUGCAGCCAUAGCAACAGCCGUCCCAGCAUUAGGCACAGGCGAGGAGGGGGCUGGAGGUGGAGACGUGCUGCUUGUGCUGAACUCAGAGUUGCUAACAGAGCCGGUGAGAGUUGACCACGGGGACACGGUGGCCGCUGACGAGGGAUCUCUGGAUGUGGGCGAGGAGGAUGAGUUCGGGGCGUUCAUGCAGGCGGGUGCGGAGCAACUGUGGACGGACGAGUCCAAGCAGGUCCAACAGUUGGCUCCAGGAGAAGAUGACAACUGUGAACAACACACCAGUUCUGCUGAAGCAAAUGAACCUGCAUCCUGGGCAUCUGAUUGGACGGUGGUUCAGUCAUGCCAGCAGUCAGAGAGCACAUGGGUGGCCUUCAGCCAGGAGACUGCUGAGCAGAAGAUAGUGCCUGGUGAACAGUGGUGGCCUUCUACCGAAAACCCAAAACUUUCCCUCUCUCCUCUUCAUAAUGUGUCAAAUGUGUUUCUAGAGGCCUUUCCCUCAGAAGAAUCCCCCUGUGAAGAUCCUGGAUACAUUCCCACACUAAAGCAACUUCUGCAAGGACCAGCUGAAAACAGCAAUACAGGAGAGCGCAGGGAACAGAGCUUACUUGAUGGCCUGCAGGAUCUGGACCGGAUGAUUGGUGUGAAAUAUAAGAGGGCGGAGUCUCUGUCUUGUAAGCUUCUCCUUCAGUCACUGCAUUUGGAACAAUCCAGUUCUGAAUGCGUGACGGUUCGACUGAAGUCCACCGCCAGGUUUUCUCCCAAUCUCCCAUCAUCCAACCAACAGUUAGCUGCAAAUGCUAAGAGAAGACUGUCAUAUGACUUUAACAGAAACAUCAUGACCUAGUCUCACGUUUGACCUAUGCUUCCUUGAAACCAGGAGAUUCAGGGAAGAGGAAUAAUGCAUCCAGAAUAACCGAUUCACCCCUGGAUUGACUUCUGUUCACCAUUUGCUUCAAGUGUAUUCCUUCUUUUAAUGUCUGUUCUCACUCUGUGUCUGGUAGAUUCUGUUUUUCAUUCAGCUGUAUAUCAGCAAAUAUACACUACUUGACAAAAGUCUUGUCGACUAUUCAAGUUUUAGGAACAACAAGUACUUCUAGUUGAUCAUUUGGUAUCAGAAGUGGCUUA